CCGGCUGUCUUGUAGAGGUAGAAGUCUACCGAAGUAGAUGGGAAAAGAGACCAGUAGAGUGUAACUGGUUAUAUGGUGUGAUCUUGAAGUAGUGUUACGUUUUCAGUAUUAUCUUGUUGUGCUCGCCAUGACGUUGGUUUGAAAUUGUAUUUCAAAAUAUUAAUCCCGAUGUUGGUCGUAGGACUGUGCCAAUGUAGUUUUCAUGCUUUUAACGAGGAGAGAAUCCGGGGAGGCAAUUCGUGGAUACCGAAGAAAGCUUCAAACACGUUUGAAGCUUUCGAGGUCGUAUUCAUGGAACUAUGAACCUGGACUCGUUGUCUUUUACUUUGUCACAAAUCAGUUAUUUGGUUGCGAAUUUAAAUAAGAAAAAUUUUCGGGACAGCUGCCAAGAAAUAUCAGUUCUGGUGCAGUGGAAGGGUUUGGAGGCAGACAGACAUUUGCUGCGCUCUUUGCUGUCGUACAUUGACUUUUCAACGGGAGAGCCACCAGAAUCAAGUGCGAAAGAUUAUUUUCAAGUGCAACUUCUGAAACAAGAGUGUACUAAUCUUCUUAGCAAACCUUCUUUUAUUUCUAAUCUGUGCUUUGCUAUAGAUCAUCCAUUUCAUCAACAAAAGACUUUGAAUCCAUCUGCAAAGUUUUUUUUACGUUUGAAAAAGGUACUUGGCUUAACUCUGGUACAAGAAGUUGCAUUUGCAAUUGCAUUAUUGCAUUCUGAGAAUACUGAAAUUCGUACAUUAGCUCUAGAACACGUAAAAAAGCAGCUGCCUGAGUUAAUAAAAAAUUAUAUUAAUUCUGAAACGAGCAAUAAACAUCAGGAAGAAGGAUUGCACGAUUCAUUGCCUGAAGUACUUCAUUUAAUAUUAUCUCAGGCUUUGCAUUCAGCCAAUCAGUUUGGCCUUUCAUCGGAAGCAAAAGAAAAAUUUCUCAAGAAUUUAAGGCGCGACUUUCCCCGUGAACUGGUACCAGUGGUGCUAGCACCACUCCUGUACCCAGACAACGGGGAAACCUCGCAAGCCAAAAUUGAGUUAAACAUGGCUGUUAAUCAAAUGGAUGGAAAUUCUCUAGUAGAAUUGAUUAUGGAAUUAGGAUAUGGAUUUACUAGUACCAUCGAAGAAUGUCGUUCAGCCUUAGCUGGCCUAGGAGCUAGAGAAAUAUCUCCAGCAUGUGCUGCAAGAGUUUUGGCUCAUAUGGCACGUAGUUGUAGUAGUCUUGAUGAUGCUGGAGGUUUACAAUCUUUUUGGGGUAAUUCAGGGGCUACACAAGAUGCAAACAAAGAAAAGUCAGCAGAUAGUGCUGCACCCACUACAUGGAAUGUUGAGGUUUUCAUUCAAGCUUUAAAAGAAAUUCAAUCUACGUUAUCAUGGAAUGAAGUAAUAGUUAAGUUAGAUCAUGCAGAAUUCGUUGUCAAAGAUAGACAAGGAUUGAAUUUGUUGAUCACGGGAUUAAGAUUAGGAUUGCAACAUCAAGGAUAUCCGCCUGAUAUGUUUCCCGUAGAACUUUUUUAUCGUCACUGGGACAACGUAGAAGGACAAUUUUCUUUAGUACAACAAAUUCUAAAAUGUCCAGAUAUAUUUUGUUUUGCCGACUAUCCAUAUCAUUCUGUAACUGUUGAUGUUUUGAAAGCAGCACCAGAAAGUGACAGUAAAGAAGCACAAACCUGGAGAUCAUUAAACGUAGUUGAAUUACUUUUGCAUAUGGCAGAAAGAGGACUGUAUGGACCAGUGCAAGAAAUAUUUAAGUGGCCCAUUCAGCACUGCCCUGAUGUUCUUGUAUUAGCCCUAUUGCAAAUUAAUGCUCCUGUUACUAUACUAAGACAAGAGUUACUUAGUACGUUAAUGCCCAUUUUUCUUGGAAAUCAUCCAAAUUCUGCCGUUAUUCUACAUCAUGCAUGGCAUGGAAAUACAGUUAAAAUAAAAUCUAUAAUUAUGCAUGCUAUGGCAGAAUGGUACAUACGCGGAGAUCAUGAUCAAACAAGACUAUCUCGUAUUCUUGAUGUUGCUCAAGAUCUUAAAGCAUUAACACAUUUACUUACUGCUCAAUCCUAUCCAUUUGUUAUUGACUUAGCCUGCUUGGCUUCGAGAAGAGAGUAUUUGAAAUUAGAGAAAUGGUUGACAGAUAAGAUUAGAGAACAAGGUGAAGUUUUUGUCACCGCUUGUGUAAAAUUUCUACAAAGGCGUUGUCCUCAAGUUAUGGGACCUGGAAUAAAGGAAGAUAUUACGGUUCCGAAAGCGAGUCAACUUCCACAAGAGACGCUAACGACGAUGCUUGCUUGCUUGCAAGUGUGUGCUGGGAGUGUUUCUCAAGAAUGUUCCGAAGCAAUAAUGACAAUGGUACAAAAUUGUAGUCUAAUGUUGAGCAAAAGUACAAUGAGUAGACCUCCACCUCCAGGAGUUUUAAGACAUAGGGGCCUGGAACCUUUUAAUCCAGCAACAUUGGGGGGACAGUUGUUUUCUUCGAAACAAGUAGACCCGCUUGGAAAUUUAAGUUCAAGUCUUGCAUCUAUGGGUUUGGGUUCAAGUCUUGGUCCACCGAGCAGUUCUGCAUUCAAUUUACCUGGUGCUCUUGGACCAUUAGUAUCAGCACCAGGUUCUCCUUCUCGUCUUAUGGGACCUUCUCCAAGUCCAUUUCCAAUGUUGCCAUUAUCUUCUCAGUUACAUUCAGGACCAGUCGGUACACAAGGACCAUCCGUUUUACCCGGUAGUACAACAAUUGGAGGAUUGGGUAGACUCGGACCACCAACAGGCAUCGAAAAAGCUAGGAUACCUGAAACGUCAAACUUAUUUCCUGAUAUGUCACAAAAUGUUUCGAAAGAAAUUGAAGAUGAAGCGAACAGCUAUUUUCAACGUAUAUACAAUCAUCCGCCACAUCCUACCUUAUCAAUUGAUGAAGUUCUCGAUAUGUUAAAAAAAUUUCAAGAUUCUGGUAGUAAAAGGGAGAGAGAAGUGUUCAACUGUAUGUUACGAAAUUUAUUUGAAGAAUAUCGAUUUUUUCCACAAUAUCCCGACAAAGAGUUACAAAUCACUGCACAAUUAUUUGGAGGAAUUAUUGAAAGGGGAUUGGUUAACAGCUACAUGACCCUUGGAUUAGCCCUAAGAUUUGUUCUGGAUGCUCUGAGGAAACCAGAAGGCAGCAAGAUGUAUUACUUCGGCAUAACAGCUCUGGAUCGUUUCAAGAGUCGUUUAAAAGACUACCAAACAUACUGUGAGCACGUCAGGGCAAUUCAGCAUUUCAGUGAGUUCCCACCACAUUUAAUUGAGUAUAUAGAAUAUGGAUUACAGGGGCAGGAGCCUCCCACAAGACCCCAAGGUCCAGUCCUCCCAAAAACUUUAGCUGCUAUGCUGGCACCUGUUACUACGCCAUAUAAAACCAUUACAACAACAACGAUAACGACAAGUACCACUCAAGCGAAGUCGUCUACGACUCCGACUACUUCUCUCUCGGCAAGACCUUCCAUUGCUAAUGCAACAAAUAUUGAUACGUUAUUAGUAGCAACAGAUAAAGAAGAAAAAAUUACAACGCCUCCAGAAGCUUUACAGGAUAAAACAGCGUUCAUCUUUAACAAUCUUAGUCAACUUAAUUUGCAACAAAAGUGUGAUGAAAUUCGAGAAAUUGUUACGGAAGAAUAUUGGCCUUGGAUGGCACAAUAUCUAGUAAUGAAACGUGCGAGCAUAGAACUAAAUUUCCAUGCCUUGUAUUCGAACUUUCUAGACUGUUUAAAGUUACCUGAAGUGAAUAAAAUGGUUACUAGAGAAACGUUUAGGAAUAUAAAGGUUUUAUUACGGAGUGAUAAGGGGAUAGCAAAUUUUUCAGAUCGAUCUCUCCUCAAAAAUUUAGGUCAUUGGCUAGGAAUGUUAACUCUUGGUAGAAAUAAACCCAUCUUGCAGAUUGACAUAGACUUAAAAAGUUUACUCGUCGAAGCAUAUCAUAAAGGACAACAGGAGCUCCUUUAUGUGGUUCCAUUCGUUGCUAAAGUGCUCGAAAGUUGUGCAAAAAGUCGUGUUUUUCGACCACCCAAUCCGUGGACAAUGGCGAUUAUGAACGUGCUGGCAGAAUUACAUCAAGAGCCUGAUUUGAAACUAAAUUUAAAAUUUGAAAUUGAAGUACUCUGCAAAAAUUUAAGUAUCGACGUUGGUGAAUUAAAACCUGCACUUUAUUUGAAAGAUCCUGAAAAGUUGCGAACUUUGGAGUAUCAAUUAUCGCAUCCAAAUAAAAAGUCAGAAUCAAACAAUAAUCAGCAACAAUCCCAGGGUCCUAUCGAAGAAUUAGUUGGUUCUACUACAACUGGAGCGAUUGUCCCACAGACAGCUCCAGCGAAUACAACACCAUCUCUACCUACGGGUCCACCAGAACCACGGUUUAAUUACAUGGAUAUAUCUGUAACAGGCAUCGCUAAUAUUUCUCAACACAUCACCAUCAAUAAUCAACUGCCAUUAUUCCAAACGCACCCACACUUGAAGCAAUUCGUGCGUCCAGCUGUUGAAAGGGCAAUUCAAGAGUGGAUUCAUCCCGUUGUUGAUCGUUCGAUUAAGAUCGCUUUAACCACUAGCGAACAAAUUGUAAGAAAAGACUUUGCAUUAGACCCAGAAGAAGUUCGAAUGAGAACAGCAGCAAGACACAUGGUUCGCAACUUAACUGCAGGGAUGGCUAUGAUCACUUGCCGUGACCAAGUUAUGGCGUCGAUUAGUACAAAUUUGAAACAAGCUUUUUUGACUGCAAUGAUGGGUACAACUCCACAGCAGAAAGAGCUUGCAGAGCAAGCGGCUAAUGUAGUUGCUGCUGACAAUAUGGAGCUUGCCUGUGCAUUUGUACAAAAAACAGCUAUUGAAAAAGCUAUUCCUGAAAUGGAUAAACGUCUACUGAACGAAAUUGAACUACGGAAGAUCGCGCGUCAGGAAGGGAGAAGAUACUGCGAUCCUUUGGCUAAAUAUCAAGCUGAGAGAAUGCCUGAACAAAUUAGGUUAAAAGUAGGCGGAGUGACGCCUCAACAAAUGGCUGUUUACGAAGAAUUUGCAAGAAAUAUUCCAGGAUUUUUACCACUAUCUGAACGAGACACGCAAGCUUUAUUAAUGCCAAAACCUGUUACAGAACCUACUGUAACUGCAUUUGCCGCUAACCCAGCAGUUGCAGUAGCAACAGCCCAACAGGUAGCUGCGUAUGCAGCGGCAGUAAGCAAUGAUGAAGUUGGGGCAAUGUUAGAGAAGCUUGCUGCAGAGGUUGAAGUAUUACUUGCUGCAAUGGGCCCAGCUGUACCUCCCCCACAACAUGCUGCUCUGCAUAGUCUUUUGGAAUCUAUUAUUCUUACACGAAGAUCGAGAGACGCAGGUGCUGCUAUGACGUUGCUCAAAAAGGCUGUAGAAGGACUAUUAGAUGGCCCAACCAUUUCAAGUGGUGUGAUAGAUUCCGAAAUUAUAUUACGGUAUAGAGAACUCCAUUUACGUAUUCUGAAGUGUCUUCAAGAUCCACGUGCUUAUGGCAUGCAGUGGACAAACAAACAUGUUACCCGUUGUUUAACAGAAUGUAGAGAAGAAUUUCGAUACAAUUUUGAAGCUGUUGAUUAUCUUAUUAGAUCUCAUUUAAUUAGUCUUCCACAGUAUGACUUAGCAUUAGCCCAAGCUAUAGAUUCUGGUAAUGCAAUGGCAACAGCAUUUGCCAUGCAAUUGGUGCAGCUUUAUUUAAUUGACGAGAGACAGACCACGCAUGUUACCGAAUCUGAUUUGUUCCAUACAAUUGAGAUACUAGCUAGAAUGGCUCAUCACAGAGCACCUCCUGAAGGGAUUUUGCUAUUCAGACUAACAAAUCUAAUAGAGUCAUUGCGCGCUAAUCAUGAUCCCGGAGUAUUAGCAGACAGAGCACCUGCAGGACCUACAGCACAUAUUCAUUCUGGAAUUCUACAGGUGAGAGCUCGUGAUUUUGAUGACCCACCCGGAUUGAUGGAAAAAACGGAAUAUCUAUUACGUGAAUGGGUUUCGAUGCAUCAUAGUCCAACACAUGCACGUGAUCCUACGAAAGCUUUUGGAAUGUUUGUUCAUCAAAUGAACAUUCAUGGGAUCCUCAAAACUGACGACCUUAUAACGAGAUUCUUCAAGUUAAGCACACAAAUGUGCGUCGAUCUGUGUUACCGUGCUUUAGCUGAAACCAAUGCAGCCCCAUCAGUUGUUCGUGCAAAGUGUUUCCAUUCAUUGGAUGCUUUCGUGCGUCUGGUUGCGCUUUUGGUCAAACAUUCUGGUGACAGUACAAAUACUCAUACGAAAAUUAAUUUACUGAAUAAGGUUUUAGGAAUCGUAGCCGGUGUAUUAUUACAAGAUCACGACAUACGAGGUACUGAUUUUCAACAGUUGCCCUAUCAUAGAAUUUUCAUUAUGCUCUUCCUAGAGCUUUGCGCCCCUGAACCUGUACUGGAAGCAGUAAAUUACCAAGUAUUGACUGCUUUCUGCCAUACUCUGCAUAUACUCAGACCAGCCAAAGCUUCAGGGUUUUGUUACGCUUGGUUAGAGUUAGUUUCACACAGAGUCUUCAUUGGACGCAUGCUCGCAAUUACACCACAACAAAAGUGUUGGGGCAUGUACGCGCAAUUGUUGAUUGACUUGUUUAAAUACCUCGCACCUUAUCUUCGAAAUGCUGAGCUCGCAAAACCUGUGACUUUAUUGUAUAAAGGAACUCUUAGGGUAUUGUUGGUCUUGUUACAUGAUUUUCCUGAAUUCCUUUGUGAUUACCAUUACGGAUUUUGUGACGUUAUUCCACCCAAUUGUAUACAAAUGAGAAACCUCAUCUUAAGCGCGUUUCCAAGAAACAUGCGCUUACCUGAUCCAUUCACACCUAAUUUAAAGGUUGACAUGUUGCAAGAAAUAGCACAUGCUCCUAGAGUAUUAACCAACUUUGCGUCCAUGAUACAACCACUUGGUUUCAAAAAAGAACUUGACUCGUAUUUGAAAGCACGCGCACCAGUUACUUUCCUUUCCGAAUUACGUAGUAAUUUGCAAGUAUCUCAAGAAGCUGGUGUUCGCUACAAUAUUCAGCUAAUGAAUGCUUUAGUACUCUACGUUGGAACGCAGGCUAUAGCUUUCAUUCGUAGCAAAGGGCAUACUCCUAACAUGUCCACUAUUGCACAUUCUGCGCAUAUGGACAUAUUCCAAAACUUAGCAGUUGAUCUCGAUACAGAAGGUCGUUAUUUGUUUUUAAACGCGAUCGCGAAUCAACUUCGAUAUCCUAACAGCCAUACACAUUACUUCAGUUGUACCCUUCUGUACUUAUUCGCGGAAGCCAACACCGAAGCGAUACAAGAACAAAUAACAAGAGUUCUUCUUGAAAGACUUAUUGUGAAUAGACCUCAUCCGUGGGGCCUUUUAAUAACUUUCAUUGAACUUAUAAAAAAUCCAACAUACAAAUUCUGGACGCACGAGUUUGUUCACUGUGCACCAGAAAUCGAAAAAUUGUUUGAAUCAGUGGCUCGAUCUUGUAUGGUUCAAAAACAAGUACAGCCCACUCCGGAACCGGAGAUCCCAGAGUGAUAGGACGCUUUAUUUUUCAUUGUCAAUUUGUGUACAGUAAAAAAAAACAUUAAUGAUAAGGGUCGCGUGUAAAAAGUUGUUAAUGUACGAAUAGAUGUACUAUACUUUGGGCUUAACUUUUGGUGGAUAGAUAUCGAAUAAUCAGUACAUUAAAUGUAUCAAUUGACCUAGAAUAAGUGAGACUACUAUUAUGUUAAUAUUUUAAUAAAAAAAAGAUUGUUGCAUCGAUCAGAACAGCAACGAACAUUCAACCUCACAAAACGUGUCUUUCGAACAGUGUACUUGAAACAGUGUGUUACCAUGACAUUGUAAUAUUAUAGCACAAAUGUCGGUAUAAUGCGUAUCAUAAUGAAGAGAAAGAAGUGAAAAUAAUAAGGGUGUUCAUGAAAUAAUAGUAAAAUUUUGUAGGUUAAACUGAAUAUAAAUGUACUAUGAGUAAGUGGUAUAUUGAGUCGGUACCAAAAUUAAAAAAUGUGCUAUGUAAGUCAUUUUAGGGAGUACUUGCAGAAUGUAUGGUGCAUUUGGAAAUCUGUAAUAUAGUACAUAAUUAUUAGUAUACAUUGAUGUAAUUUUUUAAGAAUUGUAGCUAUGAAAGAAGAUAAAGCUGAUUAAUUAAAA